CUUUCCUCAGUAUCCAACCACUACGACUCCAGACAAAAUGCACCUUACCGGAGAUACUUCCUCAAGCCAGCGACCUUCGGGACGCGAGCCGCCACGACCCCCGCCUCCUGCUGUCGUCGAAGCCGAACAGCAGUGGAUCUUUACUGAAGAGGAGCUCCUCCAGGCUCCGUCAAUCGUAGAUGGCAUGUCCCCGGAUGAAGAGAGGACGCUCCGAAAGAAAGGAGUCAACUUCAUUUUGCAGGUCGGAAUGAUGCUAAAGCUGCCGCAAACCACCCUGAGCACGGCUUCUGUGUUCUUCAACAGGUAUCUGAUGCGAAAGAGCCUCAAGCCAUCGGCGGGCUACAAGCCACUUCACCACUAUCAAAUUGCCGCGACUGCCCUCUUCCUUGCGACCAAAGUCGAAGAAAACUGUCGAAAAAUGAAAGAGCUGGUCAUCGCCUGCGUCCGCGUUGCUCUCAAAGAUCCGAACAAACUCGUUGAUGAGCAGACGAAAGAUUUCUGGAAAUGGAGAGACACAAUCUUGUACAGCGAAGACGUCCUACUCGAGACGAUAUGCUUCGACCUCUCAAUCGAACCACCAUACAAAACUAUGUACGAGAUGCUCAAGUAUUAUGGCAUCGAGCACAACAAGCGCCUUAGAAACGCAUCUUGGGCCUUCCUCAGCGACUCCUGCCUUACCGAACUCUGUCUCCUGUUCACUUCGCGAACAAUAGCCGCCGCAUCGCUCUUUGCUGGCGCGCGCAUGGCUGAGGUCGACAUUCCGGGCGAGAAUGGAAAACCAUGGUGGGAAGUCCAGCAUGUCAAACUGCGAGACAUCCGUAGAGCUUGCAACAUGAUGGCAGACAUAUACGAGGCGACGGCACCGAAGGAUGGAGAGAGGAGCAUAUACGUAGGUCUCCAUACCCCAGAGGAUGCGGAUCCGACUGGGGCUUAACUCUGUUUCUAGGCUCCUGAGCAGGUGACGGUGAAUGGAAAUGAGGACCCGAGUGAAGAGGGGGAAGUUGAGGAGUAGACACAAGUUGGGGUUGUCCUUGGGGAUUAUCUGGCGUACUGUGAUGCAUUUUCAUGGCUGGCUGGCUGGGCUCUGGGGAUCUCAGCAUGGCGUUUUGGUUCUGGAAACACGAUACCAUGGAUAACAGGGUUGUGUGAGCGCGCAUUUUGGCAGUCCUGGCAGCCCAUUUUUAUACUUUG